AUGGACGAGACUAGCCCACUAGUGUCCCCCGAGCGGGCCCAACCCCCGGACUACACCUUCCCGUCGGGCUCAAGCGCUCAUUUCCCGCAGGUGCCGGGGACAGCGGUCCGAGUGGCGGCGACGGCCGGCGCGGGCCCCUCUCCGCCGGGCUCGCCGGGUCACGACCGGGAGCGGCAGCCACUGCUGGCGGCGGCGGCGCACGCCGCGCAGGCCCACCGCCACCGGAACGAGUUCCCGGAGGACCCUGAGUUCGAGGCGGUGGUGCGGCAGGCCGAGCUGGCCAUCGAGCGCUGCAUCUUCCCCGAGCGCAUCUACCAGGGCUCCAGCGGAAGCUACUUCGUCAAGGACCCUCAGGGGAAGAUCACUGCUGUCUUCAAACCCAAGAAUGAAGAACCAUAUGGGCAACUUAAUCCUAAGUGGACCAAGUGGCUGCAGAAGCUGUGCUGUCCCUGCUGCUUUGGCCGUGACUGCCUUGUCCUCAAUCAGGGCUAUCUCUCAGAAGCAGGGGCCAGCCUGGUGGACCAAAAACUGGAACUCAACAUUGUACCCCGUACGAAGGUAGUAUACCUGGCCAGUGAUACCUUCAACUAUAGUGCCAUUGAUCGGGUGAAGUCCAGGGGCAAGCGGCUUGCACUAGAGAAAGUGCCAAAAGUUGGGCAGCGGUUUAACCGCAUCGGGCUACCACCAAAGGUUGGUUCAUUCCAGCUCUUUGUCGAAGGCUACAAAGAUGCAGAUUACUGGUUGCGGCGUUUUGAGGCAGAACCUCUCCCUGAGAACACUAACCGGCAACUGCUGCUGCAGUUUGAGCGAUUGGUGGUGCUAGAUUACAUCAUCCGCAACACUGAUCGAGGCAAUGACAACUGGCUGAUUAAAUAUGACUGUCCAAUGGAUAGUUCUAGCUCUCGGGACACAGACUGGGUGGUGGUGAAGGAGCCUGUCAUCAAGGUGGCUGCCAUAGACAAUGGGCUGGCCUUCCCGCUGAAGCAUCCUGACUCCUGGAGGGCAUAUCCUUUUUACUGGGCCUGGUUGCCUCAGGCCAAAGUCCCGUUCUCUCAGGAGAUCAAGGAUCUGAUUCUUCCAAAGAUAUCGGACCCUAAUUUCAUCAAGGACUUGGAGGAGGACCUAUAUGAACUCUUCAAGAAAGAUCCUGGUUUUGACAGGGGCCAGUUCCAUAAGCAAAUUGCCGUCAUGCGGGGACAGAUCCUAAAUCUGACCCAGGCCUUGAAAGACAACAAGAGUCCCUUGCACCUCGUCCAGAUGCCACCUGUGAUUGUUGAGACAGCCCGUUCCCACCAGCGGUCUUCUAGCGAGUCCUACACACAGAGCUUUCAAAGUCGGAAGCCCUUCUUUUCAUGGUGGUAGUCCUAGAAGCAGGCAAAGGAAGUACUUUCUGAGACUUGGGCUGGGGGAAACAAGGGGAGUGGGGUGCAGGAAAAACCGGCGGAGAGUAGCACCUUUAAGAGCCCUCCCUGUCUGCUUGCCACUCCCUCAUGGCUUUCCCACCCACAGGGAGAAGCACAAUCAGAGACAGUGAGUGCCCCCAGGCUCUUCAGAGUGCUGGAGGAGGCUGGAGCUCCAUGCAAGUGGUCCAGAUGCCUGGAAGGAGCAUCUCCCUUCCAGUGUCUCUUGGUGGCAGGCUGGGAAAAUCCCUUCCCAGCCUGACACCCUGCUCUGUUGUAAUUCCCUGUGAUAUUCUGCAUCAGAAAAAAAACAACAAAACCAAAUUAAAAUGCUUGCAGCAGAACCCCAGAUCCUCUCAUGUCAGAAACCUUUAAUCCAGACCUAAAUUUGCAUAGACUCAGAUAUUGGGGUGUCUCAUAGUUGCUUACUUCCAUGAACCAAGGCUGUGUCAGAGGGCAACCGGGCGACUCGCAGUGCGGGGACAGACAGAAGCCACACGUUUCCUUUGGGUUUUUGCCAAAUCUUCUUCCCCUUCUCCUCCCACCCAUGCUGUAGACUGGCCACAAACCUCCAACAGAGUCCUCAUCGCAGGGAGGCUUUUGCUCUACACCUCCCCAUGGUUCUGCCCACAAUCAUCCAGAACCUCUCUGCCCUGCUGCAGCUUGCCCGUCACUCAAGCAGAGGCAGUAGGGGCUAGUCUGAGCCUUCAUAUUUUAAUAGGAAGUUAACAUCCAGCAUGUAAAAGUGAUCCACAUGGCCUAAGUGUAUGCUGGGAGCAGUAAGUGAUCUAUGGGUAAACUUAUCCCAGCUUUCCUGAGUCCUUGGUCCCAGUCCUCUAAUUUGUUCCUGUUGUUUUAAUUAUUUUUUCCCCAACUUUUGACUUAGGAGCUCAGUUUGGGUUCUGUAGUGGGUCUCUGUGAGGGCUCUGGGGUGACUGUCAGCUCACAAGAGGAUACGAUAUUAGGUCCUUGGACUUCUUUAUAUGCUAUCACUGCUGCUUGGAGGAAGUAAUAGGACUUGUAUUCUGCCUCUUAAUUGGCAGUUUCCCUUGCCCCCCUGACUUCUUGUCCCAGCCAGUUUCUCCAUGGCAUCUUGAGAAAGACAGGCCCCAACAGAGAGAGGCCUUCAAGCUGUCCUUCAGUGCCUGCCCAGCUCAGUGUACAUCUUCUUGCUUCUGUGUCUUUUCCCCCAGCUGUCCCCUUGCCAGAUGUUUGGGCCCUUUCUACACCAAAGCAAAGAAUGCCUCAGGAGGGAGUGAAAAGGGUGCCAUCUAUGGCUAAGGGGCAGCUGUGUUCAUACUCUCUACUGCUGGACACUUCAUGGUUCUGCCACCCUGUGAUGGGUCAGUCAGCCUUGGAAAGAAACUAUCUUGAAGUCUUGAUAAACAACCAAAGAAAUGGAGUGAGGACUAUGGCUAUUGUGUUCUCUGCUUGCCUGGCUCCCGCAUCCAGGAGGUAGAGCAGAGAUAUGCAGCCCUCAUGUCAUCUGGGCCAGGCUGGUCCCCUUCCAUUCCAGUCUCCAGGAGCCAGCUUGUCCUAGGCUGUCACCCAGUUGACAGGAGGAGUUUCUGAGAGCUGGAUAUGCAUGCCCUGUGGACAAAGGCACAACUCCCUGCCUGCCCCAGCCCUGACAAUCCCAUCCAGCUAAACUGGACUCUGCCUUGGGAACCAUGUUUGAGAGAAUACCUGUCUCCUGACCACAGGAGCCACAAGGGGAGUCAGGUGUGUGUAGCUCUCCAUAGGCAUCUUUUCAUAAACAUGUUGGUAAGCCCCCUACCUGUGUGCUCAAGAGAGCUUCAGGAGUCUAAAGAGGAGCCUGGUUGCUUUAUCCUGCCAAGCCAAAUCUGCACAUUGUCCUGAUUCAGACCAGCUCUGUGAUCAGAAUGAAAUUGGGUCCAAUGUAAGAGGGAGCCCGUCCCGUGUCUGGCAGGCACAAGAGUGCGGGGCAUCCUUUUCUGGCCUGUCUCCACUCUCCCUUGAAGCCUGUACUCAGGUUGCCUUGAAUCGGACUUUGGGAGAGCCAGGGGCCCAGAGUGCCAUGGCAGGCUUCUGGGUGGCACGAAUGGCCCGUCCCUGUACCAGCCAUAGGCCCUGUCCCCUAACGUCAGGGAGUAGAGGCUGGGCUGUGAGAGUGCUGCUGCCCCCUGUAUUGUUCUUCUAAUGCACUGUAGAAAUUGUAUUUAAUGUAUUUAAAUCAAUGCAAAUGUAUGAAUAACAAAUUCUCAUUCUGA